AUGUCUACCAACAACACCACGCCCCAACAAGAUCCAGACCUCGUGGAUGAUUGCGACCAAACUGUUCCCCCGUACUCAAGUCUUCAGUCUCCCCCAUACAAUGGUACUGAUCCCGACGACUACGACACCGACUCUUCCCAAGAAAGCCUCCACAUCGUUGUCAAUCGUGGUACGCACAUCCAAGGGGACCGCUACGUACAUGUAUGUCAACGCCAACCGCAACGUUCGCGGCCGUCGCCUCGUAUCAACCUCACUAUCAACGCCAAUGUGACCUUGACGGGCAAUAACAUCCUCGCUACCCGCGAUAUGGAUCUUUACAGGCAAAUGACCGGACUCAACAACCCUCCUGCUCGGCGUGUCAGCACAACCGUCCAGCUACCCCCACCGACUCGUGCUCGGGAACCUCUUGAAGUCUCUAUUUCCCAAGGUCGUUCUUCGCUGCAUUACUGCUCAACAUCGGUGACCGAUGCUCCCCCGGAUGACGUUCAGCAGGCUCCUUCUCAACUUCGUCGCCAGGCUUCAAUCAUUGGGCAUGCUGAGCGUUUUCGCCGCAUGAGCCAAUCCAGCUCCGCCGUGGAGGGUGCAGAGGCGAUCCAGGAGAGCUUGAACACGCACCCACCUGCUUCUAGGACGCCGGAACGCAACGGCCAUAAAAAAGACAACGACGAUGACUUAUACUCGGGUUCUUAG